CUCCUGUCUCUUCUCUUCGGUCAACCAUCUACCCUGAGCCUUACCUAUCGCUUGUUGACAGCCUUUAUCGACUUGCCUUUCAGCUAAUAUUUUAACCUCACAUUCAUUCUCAUUUACUUUUAUUUCAUUAUGGAAAUGUACAUCAAUGCUCUCUUAAAGUUACUAGGUGCAAUGGCUCAGGAUGCAACUCUGCCCUUUGAACAGAGGCAGCAAGCUACAUAUGCCUAUGUCUUAUUCUUCACCCAUCGCAACCCCUUUAGGCUUAUGGUUCACAUUGCCGCUAUCUAUGAUGGAAAGUUUCUGAUCCAUCCUUCCCAUCAAGCCAAAAUUAUAGCUGAGGAUAGGGAAACCCCAGUUAACCGCUUUGGAAGAUUCAUCAAUGCUAUUGUGGUGGAUUUCAAAGUCGUCCCAACUGUUGGCGAUUUCGAAGGCCAUCCAAUCGAAUUAGUUACCAGUCUCGAUCCUGCUAUUGAAAAUGCAUUGGAUGGGGUUGAGAGACUUCGAGUCCAUAGCGCUCUUCUGUCAGCUGAGAAAAAAGCCAACGAAGACCUCGUCAAAAGUACUAGAAAGUACGGCUAUCACUACAUAUUCAGGUUCGGUCUGCGGCAGUACUACAUGACGAGGACUGUCGCGUCAAUUAUCAAUUUCUGGGGACAGGAUGCUCGUGGCAAUGAGUAUAGAGUCCGUGCCCAGAAGGUUUGCUAUGAAGUCAUGGAGGCAGGGGUGAAGUUAAAUGCUGCAGAAAAACGAGCUGUGAUACAAGCUCUUCAUUGUGCACCAGAAGAUGCAUAUGCAUUCUGGAAUUGGAUGGAAAGGAACCGCAGUGCUUACUUUGCGAUGAAAGCUUGCAUUUCCUUAUUGGAAGCCCAUAACUAGACAUUCAUGAUAUCCGCUUUAUCUAAAGACAGCAACAAAUUCUCGAUCUUCCUUUGUCUUCUUUCCAACACAUGCUACCUACCCCCCCUCGCACACCUUAUGUUUACAUGGUUAAACCGAACCUGCAGCAGCUGAAUCAUUAUAUGAGUGAUAUAAUGUUUCUGUGUUUUACAACCACCUAAGAUGCAAAACAUGGAGAUAGAAAGUGUUUUACUUGGCAACACAUGCGACUGGAGCAAGGAAGAGUGAUUAAUACUAUACAUGCCAGUGUGCAGGAUCACAGGCAUUUCAUUGUUGCUUUGUCUUCUUCUUCUUCUUCUUCUUUUUUUUUACAUUGCCGCAUCUCAUCUUGUUUCCCUUUUUCUCCCUGUCUUUGACUUUCUUACAGGACAGGCGUUUUACUUGACGUGUGUAUCAUCAGAUAUUGUUAUUUUCUUUCCUCCUUCCUUCCUUCCUUCCUUUCUUUCUUCUUUUUUCCCCUUAGAGUCUCCUAACUUGUGACUUUGUGACUGUAAUUCUAUGGACGGAACUUUGUUAUUUUAGGAGGACCUGUUUAUGGGCUGGAGGAUGCUUUAACGCGGACGGACAGGGAUCUUAAUAGUGUAUUUAGGUAGAUGAUACUAUACAAAUUGUGCCAUUCGUG